CAGCAGACGAGAAGCGCGCGCGCUUCCUGCUAAACCGACGUCCAGCUCGGCGCGAGUGCGUUAGUCAGUGCAAACCCGCGACCCCGCGACCCUUUUUCCGACUAGCAGCGACGCGAAAGCAAACGAAUUCGCGUGCGCUCCAGCUAGUCCGCGAGCUGAACCGGCGGGCAUGGACGCGCUCGUGGGCUACGGUGUCUCGUCCGACUCAGAGGCUGAAGGAGACGGAGUUGGCCCAGCCGGACCGGCGGAGAAAGAUGUGAACGACGAAGACGAGGGGAAACUUAGAAACUUUCUGCUCGAGUCAGGCUCAGCUUCCAGUGAGGCCAGCUCCGAGUCUGAGCGGGAAGAAGAGCAGGACGAUGCGCCUGAUCCUUGUUGCAUGGCGAACAUGCACUCGUCCCCAACGUCUCUGCUACAUCCUCCCCUCCAGGCUGAGAGUCCCAAACUGCCCCCUCCUCCCCUGGAAGCGCUAGGCCCAGGGGGGCUGCCCGCCGGGAGCAGCGUGUUUGCAAAUCCCUUUAAGCAGAAAGCAGAGGAGAGACUGAAUGUGCUGUGCAAGCACGUCCCACUUACACUACAGGCCCGGCCCAUCCAGAUAGGUGGGAAGAGGAUGUGCAUGGCGUACAGGAAAGAUGGCCGUUGUCGAUUCGGAAGCCGAUGCAAGUUUGCCCACGACAGCGAUCUACAGAGCACCACAGGCCUCACAGACGAGCCUGCCGUGCCUGAGGACCACACUGACUCGGGGGUCGCCGUCUCAGAGGGAGACAGGGAGGAGGAAGAGAAUCACAGGAGGAAGAAGCAGAGGGUGGGCCUCAGCGAUAGCCUCGUACCCCCAAAACGAGCACUGAGGCAGUACACCAUGCAGAGAGAUCGAACCUUACACUCCUAGUGCCUGGAAUGCUGGAUUUUCAGUGUUUCUGCAAUUGAAAAAAUUCUAUGCUAGAAUCAUAAUAAAUCAUAUUAGUCAUAACUGUCCUGUUACCGUUAUAUGGACAUUCUAAAGAAAGCACAACUAUUCAUUAAAGGGUUAACCAAAAA